CGGGUGGAGUAGGUCUGCAACGAUGUUGGUGGCUGUAGCUGUGGCCGUGUCUCUGAGUCUCCUCUCGUCCAGUCUUUGUGUAUCGGGACAGACUUCUGCAAUUCAGGCUGUUUGUUCUGGUGUACGAACUCAAUUACGAGAUCAAAAACUUGACGAUGCAUGUGCGAUUUCGAACGACUGCCUUCAGAUUCGAUGUGUAAUGAAUUUCGCAGAAGAACAGCCGCUGACCUUCUACCUACAGAUACACAAGUGUCGCCAUCCACUUGCGGUCUCUGUUGGCGGAUCGACGUUUGAUUUUAAGUGGGAGCGUGAAUACGUGGGAAACCAAACGGCGACGAUCGGCGAUAUACCUGAAUUCAUAGGCAAGAUUGCUGGCCAACCCUACAUUCAUCUGGAAAUUAUCAGGACCGCGAGCGGGGUGCUCAUGUCAGAAGGCUUGUGGAUCAAGAAGGAUGGCAAAUGGAUCCAGAGGAUACCUCUGCUGACUAGAGUGUCUAUCCCACUGGAUACGACGGAUUGUCCAACCGGGUCUGACUUGGCUCCUGAUACUACUAAUUCUCCUAAUAACGAUUUUCCCUUGAAUGAUCUCACAGACUUUUUGACUAAAUAUGGCAAGCUGGUAUUAUUAGGAAAUAAGACAUCUCCAUUGUCUACUUUCGGUGAUGAUAAUCAUAAGCGACCAUCUGCAACUCCAUUGGACUUGAAAGAUACUUCUCUAGUAAAUGCGUGUACCGAAGAGCUGAAGAGAAAUAUUGACUUUUGGCUUAAGGACUCUGCCACUCUAGCUAAAGAUGUACAGAAAUGCUAUUGUCGACGCACGGGUAAUUCUUUGGCAAUUUGUGCUAGCCUCACUGAUGACAACACAGAUGGCAACACGGAUGGCAACACGGAUGGCAACAAGGAUGACAACAGUAAUGGAAAUAAAGUGACAGGCAAUACUGGUGACAAUGGCGAAAGUAAAAAUACUGGUAAAAGCGAUGAAAGCAAAAUGACUGGUGCAGACAGCGAUGACAGUACUAACAGCGACAGUGCAAAUUGGGCCGUUGUUGGUGGCUGUAUUGGUGGUGCUAUUGUCUUGGCAGUUGUCGUGGCAAUAAUCUUAUUCACAAUCUACAUGAGGAAACAUGCAUCUUCAAGUGCUACCUUGUCUGGCAUGAACCAGCCUAUGAUGUACGACUCUUCUGCAACUAAUCUAACAUUCAGCGAAGUUGCAGCGACAGAAGAAUGAGUACUGUAGUGCCUAGAACAAAGGGGGAGGAGCUGGCUUCUCGAGUUGCUAAUUAGUGUUUGCUUUGCUGUACGUGAGAUGUACUAUAUUGGUUAGUAUGGUCAAUAUCAGUUCUCUCAAUUAA